AUGGGUCAUUAUAUUCCAAAACAAGAUCAUAACGGUAUCGAUAUACCAUACAGACUUCAAAAGGCUGCCUAUUGGAGAGAAAACUCUCAAGUAUUCUUUAAGUUUACUCCAAAGGUUACUUGCUCUAUCAUCUUGUUUGGUGUUGUCAUCCCAAGCUUUUGGUUCUUUACUUCAAGAGCUCAAGGUAAAGAAGGAGGAUUAUUAAUCAUUCAUUCAUUCAUUCAUUUUAUUUAUUUAUUCGAUACUUGUAGAAAUACAAAGACCCAAUUGACAGAAAGGAAAGAUUAA